AUGGUUCAUAGGCUAAACGUUCGAUGCUUUUGUCUUCCCAGAUCUAGCCUCCGUGACGAUUCAUUGCUGACGGUGCCAUUGACUUCCUUUUCUGCAUCGCCAGGAGCGUCGAGUCUCUCGAUCGCUGGAUCACCUGGUCGGUCGAACUCCCCCCGGGGCCGCAGCGUCACCCCCAACCCCCCGAAUACACUCCCUACCCUCUCGAAAUACCGUGCCACCUGGGAUUCCUCGACGUCGCCGGAAAAUAGGAGGGCGGCCAGUAGCAUCUACUACACAACCGCCUGGGGCUCACCGUAUGCUGCACCUAGCCCUCGGAGGCUUUCGUGGUCUUUAAGUCAACACGGUGCUGUCGAUCGUGGCUCCGGAAAUAGCUCUCCGGCCUCGAUGCACAGUGGUAUACGCCACGGGUCUGAAUCGAUUAAUCCCGAACUUUUGAGACCGUCUGCCCGAGACAGCUCAGCGAGACAACUGUACAGCGGCAAUUCAAGCCGGUCUCCCGCCAGAGAUAUUUUUGGUAGGAAAGGAGGGAAGUCAAUCAAGGAUUUCACACAAGAUUGGAUUAAUCAAUACCUCUCUGGUCAACCACGAACUGAGAGAAGUAAUUGGCUAAGCGACGACUCGGGCAGCGAGGCCCCAUCGUUCAUUACAGCCCAGAACUACUUCGCCGAGGACGCCUCGGACGAUUGGCUCGGCCUCGAACAAGACACUCGGGACGACGACCUUCUCAAGACCCCAACACUAGCCGACUUCCCUUCCUCGCCAACGGGCAAGGGAAUUCCUACACAAGCGAGCAGACACAUUGCGACAAGAGGAUUUCUGGGGUUUGCUUACGACAAAGACCCUCAGCCCAUCACAAUGGAGACAGCGGAGGCACAGUCCCCUGUGGAGCAGGGGCCCAACAAGGCACUGCCAACGAUAGAGAAACCGCUGCCUCCAACGCCAGGUGAUCCCACCGAGCCCAAAGCCGUGACAAGCCAAGUGCUCGAUAGGAAUAGCCAGACCCCGAUACAAAGGUUUAGAAAGAAGAUCGUCUGGCGCGGAAAAGCAUGCUUCAUUGCCCUUCCGUUGGAAGACAAAAGGGGUACCGAAGAGUCAGGGCGCCCUUUGAUGACAGUUGCAGAUGUUCAACAACGCCUGAGAGAUUGGGAAAAUCAAGGUUACGAUACCCGGGGGUUUAGCGUUGGUGGAUCAGAAGAUCUAUCGGAUACUGAGCUGGGUGGUCUUAGCCGUCCGUUGUACCCAGACCCAGCAGAGGUCCAGGAGGAUAGACAAGCGGGGAGGUAUGGCGUCAGUAUACCAGAUAAAGCGGAGUGGGAUGCAUACGUCGCUUAUCUGCAGGAGGAGAAAUUGCGCGCCUUGGGCGUGUUCCUGGAUGAACCGAAGCCCUCAAUUUCUCCUGCAUCUGCUGCUAUGAGCCAGAUGGCACCAUUUCCUGGUCUUGUCUCGUCGCCCCCGAUACCGACAGCAUCGGCUGCUAGCAAUCCUCUGUCUUUAUCUCACCAUUUCUCCCCCCAGUUGAACCAACCAGCAAACCCCGCCGGCCUGGGAACCCUGGCUUCUCCCGCUUCACAGUUCAGCAUACAAACGCCAUUUCUGGGUGUCGACCAAAACUUGCUACCUGGAUACCCGAUGCAAUUCCAACCUACUCCGCCUGCUCAGGGCUCCCUUACUCCCCAGAGUUUCUUUAACGCGCGUCAAGCAGGUCCCGCCGCGUCCAUACCUGGCACGCUCCCUCACUUGGGCUCGAUUCUGUCUCCCGUUUCACCAUUACAUGAUCAGGGCGCCUUCCAUCCCGGCCUAAGCGAACAACCAGGACCGUCUAAGGAAGCUUUCGGUGGCCAUGAUAUGCGGGACAAUAUCACUGAAGGCCAACUGCUACGUCCCUACACCCCUACGGAGGGACCCGAUCAUUUCCACGCAUCUACCGUUGAGAUUGCCCAGCCUACACCCCGUGGUCACGACCGUGGUCAUAACCUGAGCGAGACGCUCCAGAAGGGCCUAGAUAGGUUCCCUCCUAGUUAUCAUCUGGAGGAGACUAUUGAUAGACAGCUUGACGAGGGUGAUCGCGAGCCAGUCCUUCACAACUUUGACGGCUCCGACCUUCUGCAAUCGCGCUGGGCUUUCCCAGGGAAUGACAAUCUCGGACCCCAGCAGUUUCCCCAGCACAUGCAUCAAUUCUAUGCUGGAGACUAUGCCGCAGAUAAUGCCCACGAAGGCUCUGAUAUCGAUACCAACCCCAGUCUUUCUGGGACACCUCAGAGACAUGGCCCGCUUGCGAGCAACAUACCCUGGCAUGAGACGAAGCCUAGUGCUGGCUCGUAUGUUGGCGGGCACCGUUCGAAGCUUUCAUCCUCUACUCUGAAUGUUGAUGCCAAGGAGUUCAACCCAACUGUAUCGGCGCCUUCGCAGACGUUCCCGUUCCAGGAACCGCCCUUUCAAGCCCCAGCUGUUGGAAACCCAAUGUUCACCUUUGGCUCCGUACCAAGCUUCAACCCAUCUGCUAAUGCCUUUAACCUUACUGCUCCCCCAUUUACACCAAACCCUGCCAACAACCACACCCCGCGGAAAGCUGGGUCAGGGGAAUUCAAGUUCUCCACCGCCUCUUUCAAUGUCGCAGCUCCUGCCUUCAAUCCCACUGGCAGUGGUCCCACCGCCGAACCUGAGCAGCCUGCAGGUGCUAGAACAAAGAUCUUUGAUGAUGCUGAUGUAUCGGAAGCAUCGAAGCUUUCUAAGAAGUCCAAGGCUAUACCAAUCGUGCGACCGGAUGAUACCAUGGAAGAUAAGAGUAGUAAAGAGGAUGGCGAAAUCGACAACGGCCGCCCGACUCGCACUGAUCGUCAUAAGCGUGCCCGUCGUGGUGACGAAGCGUCGGAUGGAGAGGCUCAUUUCACCAUGUCUCACGCCUUGGCAGAGACCGGUAAUACUCAACCCUCACAAGUCCCCAACGCACAUCAUGUGCCGGCCGAAGGUAAAGAAAACGUGCAACCCGAGGGCAGCGAGCCGAUUCAGAAGCCCGUUUCGAUUCAAGACGACAAAUUCGCUGAGAGGAAGGAAACGCCGAUCAGCGAAGCGUCGACCUGGACACCUUUCGAUAAGAAGAACGACAACACGGCGGCAGUGCAGGAGUCUGGCUCGGCUGACGAUAAGCAACCUGAAUCGGAGCUGCUUCCCGCAGAAGGAGAAGACGUUGGUGUCAAGGAGCAGGAACAGUCUAUCGAAGCUGAUUCAAAGCCCUCAUUCCUGUCCGCCACUGCAAGGCCAUUCGAAUUCAAGGCGUCCGUUGCCGAAUACGUGCCGGUUGCUGCAGCAGAGUCAACCCUUGCCCCCAAUACGGCGGAUGACGGAAAGAUUGACGCUAUUUCCAACACUCCAAUUUCACCCAAGCGUGAGCCUGUGCUAGCAGAAAGUGCCCAAACGGAUGAGGAAGACUCCCCUGACGAUGAGGAACUCAAUGCUAUAAUGGAACAGUUGAACGACGACUCCGAUGUUGGAAUAGAACGGUUGAGCACACCUCAGCCUCGUGAUCGCAUUCCCGAGUCUGUGUUACAUCCGUCUAAAGAAAAGCGCCACAUCCCCGCGGAUAUCAGGAGCGAGGCUCCCAGUCCGAGCCCAGGACGGGGCCUCAUGUCCCAUGCACUGGAUGUACCUAAACUCGAUUUUGAUGCUCGAUCCCAAUUCUCCGUGUCUCCCUCCAAGGGUUUUGGGUCCGGUAUCCAUUCUCCCGUGCGGCAUUUGGUCAACCAGAAUGACCAUAUCAGUGACUGGGAUGAUGUGAUAUCGUCUGGUGAAGACGAGAAGCUGGCAAAUCGGAGCAGGUUCUUUGAUCGUCGAAUCAACGACCUCGUCGGCUCCGCUAUCGAUGAACGGCUUACGCCGCUUGAACGCGCUCUUGGUGUGAUUCAGGAGUCUGUCAUGGCAAUCGCACCUGGCCCUCGCACUAAACUUGAAUGGAGCGCAUCUAUCGCAGGUGACAACAGUGAUGCUGAUGAUGAGGAAGAUGCAUACGAGAACGCUUCGUACAGCACAAGAUCGGUUCUCCGACAAAAGGAGAAACUCGACAAGCUGAAAGCUGUCUUCUUGGAGGCUUUGGCAUCCCGCGAUGGCGAGCAAGACAGGGACCAGACAGUUUCCGAACUUGCACAGCUGCGGGAUAGCGUCUCUGCUCUUCAGGCUUUAACUAUACAGAAGUUGUCGCAAGACCCUGUGGAUGAGUUGAGAGUGAUGAUCCAAGACUUGGCCUCGAACCAGCUAAGCCAGCAGAACUCGCGUCCCUCUGAAGCGGAAGAAAUCGGUGCCGAAAGCCUCAUGCUUCAGAUUGAAGGUCUCAAGAAUAUGCUAAGACUCUCCGACGAGCGAGCCGACCAGGAGUAUAAGCUUCGUAGGGAAGCUUUAGACUCGGUCGCAGAACUUCAGCGGCUUCUGAAGGUCGCCGAAGAAGAUGCUGCGCGUCACAGCGAGGCUGCAGAGUCCGCCGAAACUCGCCUGCUCCAUUUCAAGGCAGAGAAGAUCCCCUACUUUGAAAAUGUCCAACACAAAGCCGAUUCGCUUGAGCAAGAGCAGGAGACACUCAAGUUCACUCUUGCUGAACUGUCCUCGAAGAACAUCGCACUUCAGGGCACCCUUGAUGAGUAUCGAGUAUCUAGUGACAACUGGAAACGGGAUAGCGAGCAGUCCAGAGCUGAACUCGACACCGUUAAGGCGGAGAACAAGGAGCUGCGUGGUACUAUUGGCCAGCUCAAGACCCGUCUGGAGGAUGGCAUGAGUAUCCGGCACAAUCUCGGCGAGAAGCUAGACCGUCUUCAAGAUGAAAUGGCGACGGUCACUCGGGACGUCAUCCGCGACCAGGCUUCUUAUCGUAGACGCGAGGAAGAUUUGAAUGCCAAAUAUAACGAACUACGUGCAGCCUUUAAUCGCGAGACGAAGCUCCGUGAAAAGCUCGAAUACGACAUCAACGCGCUCGAAACGCAGGAACGCGAGGCAGCCAAGUUGAAGUUCAUUUUUGGCCAAUCCCAGCAAGAAAAUGCAAGACUCGAAGAGCUUGUUGCAAACCUGCGUCUUGAUAACCAUAAUAUGGAGGUCAAGGCAGCUCGGUUUGAACGCGAGUUCAACGAGGCUCGUGAAAGCAGCCGGGCUGAGAUCCAGCGCACCAGAAACUCCCUGGAGUCGGAUCUGGAAGUUGCUAACAGCCAAGUCAACAUUGUCCGUGCUGAAUUGGAAGCACAGAUCCUUCGCCUCCAGAGUCAAAUGGACAAUGUCAGGCUGGAAAGUGACACGGCCCGGGAACGCUAUGAAAUGCUGUUGGAAGAAGCAAAUGAGACGAAGGCCAGCACCUUGGCUGCUGCUGUCCAAGCCAAAGAAUUGGCUGUGGAGGAGCAGCGCCGGACGCACGAGCGUGUGCUCAAUGACCUUCGGGAACGCCAUGCACGUGCCCUGCACAACGCUUCCGAAGAUAGACAGCGCACUGAAGCUCAUCUGCUAGACCGACUAGCCUUGUCUGAUGAUAAGGUGAAACACCUCGAGGAUCGCGUCCAUCAUCUCGAAGAGAGACUCGAAAUCGCACAGUCCGCUGCGCGCGCUGCUGCGGAAGCGGCUCAGUCUGCCAAGGCAGCGCCUACCCUGGCGCCUGCGCACUCGAGCUCCCCUUCGAUGCCAUUCCGUGAGGGAUCGAUGAUGCCCGAGAAGAUCUCGCCGCAGGCCUUGAGGGAAUCUAUCUUGGUGCUCCAGGACCAGUUGCAACAGCGUGAAACUCGCAUUGAAGAACUCGAGCAAGAAGUGGCCGCUAUUGACAAGGACGCCCCCAACAAGAUCAAGGAGAAAGACACGGAGAUUACUUGGUUGCGUGAGCUUCUCGGCGUUCGCAUUGAUGACCUUCAGGACAUCAUCACCACCGUGUCACAGUCUUCUUUCGACCGCAAUGCUGUUCGCGACGCCGCCAUCCGGCUGAAGGCUAAUUUGCAGAUGCAGCAACAGGAGAGAGAGAGAAUCCAUUCUGGACACAGUUUCCCGAGCCUUCCCUCCCUGGCAGACUUGACUGCAUCGCCGCGGUCCUUCCCUCUCGCAGCCGCAGCAGCAUGGGGGAACUGGCGCAAGGGAAGAGAUAAUUCCCACUCUCAACUCUCUGAACAAACUCCAUCAAAACCGGCCAACGCAAGUUCUUUCUUGUCAGGACUUUUGACGCCCCCAGCCUCCGGUGUUCGACAGGCUUCACCCCACACCGGCACUUCCGCGACAGCAGGAUCUCGGCGUCCAUCGGAGAGUCGACCUCUGAGGAAUUACAAUACGACGCCAAAGGCUGUACCUGCUCGUGGAAGCAGGAUGCGAGAGCCGCCAAGCACUCCCCCACUGCUCCGUCGGUCAAGUUAUGAUCACGAUGCUGAGCCGGCUGAUUAUGCCCACGACUCCUUUGGGGAGGACACCGAAAGUACGACCGACGGCCUAGUCUCUGCAUCUCCCCGGGAUGUGGCUGACGGGCCCUUCGGACCGCAAAUACAAGUAUAG